AACAAAUACCAGCCACAAAUACACAAGCGGAAAUGUCGAAACCAACCGGAAAUAAUCGUAUUGUUCACAAUACUCGUAGUCUCGAUGCUGCUUCAAAUGCACGCGUCUCGCAAAAACUGUAACCAAAAACGACGCGAAAAACAGAGUGUUUAAGAGGCUACAUCGAGCCAGCGACAGCGCUUAAAAAAGGCACAAACAAAUACGAAUAUAAUCAGCAGCAGGAAAUCCAGAAAAAUCAUCAGCAAGCUGAGAGGAGGGAGGAGAAGGAGGUGGACACAACAGCCACAACAUGACCCGCUUUCGCAUCAAGAACCUGAAAAUCCUCUCCUGCUGCUGGCUCAGCGUGUGGGUGACGCUCUUCGGGGGCGCCCUGCAUCUGGCACGCUGCAGCGAGUUCCCCGAGCGGGAGUGCUGCGACCUGACCACCACGUCCACAGUGGGUCCACUGCCCAUGCCGCCGGCAGCGCUGCCCACCGACAAAUCCCUGUCAUCGGCCACCACGGCCUUGGAAACGGAUCUGGCCAUCGGACGAUCGGGUUCUACCAUCAAGGGUGUUGUGGCCAUUUUGAACUGCAUUCUGGCACGUCAACUGUGCUUCGAAGAUCCCUCAUGUUCGGCCAUUCUGGAAAUUAUACCCCGCGUCUGCGGGCCCAUUCCAGUGUCCUGCAGCACGGUGACGGUAACCAAGUGCCAGGCCGCACUGCGUACCCUCCAGGCUUUUCAAUUCUUUCGACCCACUUGCCUGUGCAAGGAGCCCGGCAUGGAUCCCGACUGCAACCACUUUCGGGACUUUCUCUUCGAUCAUCCAUGCGGAUUUGUCCUCAAGAAAGCAGAAAAGGAUCCCUAUCCAAUUGAUGCCCUGCCCACGUGCAAUCACGCUCUGUCCGUAUGCCAGCAAGAACGCAAAUGCCUGAAGCUCUUCGAGGACUUCAAGACCCACUGCAAAGUGCGCGACAAUAAAUGCAAAAUGGAAAACAGGGAUGCCUGCCACGAUUCCUGGACUAAUCUCCGUCUCUCGCCCAUGUUCGGGUGCAUCUGUCCGAACAAUCAUAUGAAAAAGCGCUGUGAUCGUAUCUUUAACAUUGUUAAUCACAAUCCGUGUGUGGAUAGAAUAAUAUUUUUCCCCAACGGUCUGCCCAAAAUGAAGCAACCGAAGCCGAAAGCGAAAGCGAAACCCAAACCGAAGCCGAGACCGAGACCGAGACCCAAACCGAAGCAGAAACAUCCGCACAGCCUCAAUGGCACCACCGAGCUCAUGUCCAACAACAUUGAGUACCACGACGAGCCCAACAAUGAAGCACGGGAAGAUCCCGAGAAUGGCAACCAGGAGGAGAACGAGACGGACGAUGAGAACGUGGAUGCUGAUGGCACUGACGACGGCGAUGAGGAAGACUCUGAUGACGAUGAUUAUGACGACCGCAUACGGGCUGAAAUUUAUUCAAAUUAUCCACACUAUCUGCAUCCACCGUCGUGGGGGAUCAACAAUCCGCUGGUACUCGCCUCACACAGUCCGCACACCCUGGACGAUGACGAUGUUGUCGUUGAGGUGGCGACAACGAACCACCACAAGAAGCCCACCCACUCCCACAUGGAUGACUUGGAACGCAGCUCAGUCGAUGAUGUUGUGGUGGUGGUCGAUGCCGGUCCGCACUUGCAUUCCCAUCAGCAUCCGCACACCUACUACACGCAUGGGGAGCAGUCAUUUACUUCGACCAUUGGAUCGGCAGGGCCGGCGCCAACGAUUCCCAGCCCACCUAACACUGGCACAAAACUGCACAAAACAGCACUUCUCGGUGAUUUAGUCGCCGGCAGCGAUAUAACCCACCGCACCUACACGGGCCCCUCCAUGGACGAGCGAGUAAGAAUAUUGGGCAUGGACGAGAGACUGCAUCAGAGAAUCUUCAAUGAUAAUUUGGCCGUAAUUGAUACGCCCUUGAUUGCAUUGGGCGGCCCGGGCUCUGGCUCUGGCACCGUCAUCGGUUCCGGCUCUGGCUACGGCUCCGGCUCCGGCAUCGGCACCGGCACCGGCUCUGUCUCCGGCUCCGGAUCCGGGUUUGGGUUCUCGGGCGGCUAUAACUAUAACUAUCCGGGCUCGAUGCACGGCGUGCCCAGCUAUCCGUUCAAUAUAAGCGGCUUCCAUCAGCGGCACAUGGCAGCGGCGGCCGUCGAUAAUGAGCCAUUCGAUAUCAUUGAUACGGGCCUCGGCUACGGCGGAAACGGAAAUUCCGGUGCUUACUAUCAAAGUGGUCAGGAUGUGGAAGUUGACCUCUCAACGGAAAUAAUCAAGCAACACUUUCAGAGUACCUGUCACACAGCAUUGGACACCUGCCGGGAAGAUCCGUCCUGCUCGUCGUCCCUGCAGCCAAUGCUGAUGCAUUGUGAACUGCAUCGGUGCAAUCGCAACGCUUGCAUGACCUCGCUGCAGGCCUUCUACAAGGGUCCGCACGAGGACCUCAAUCUGGACAUUGCCUUUUGUCUAUGCAAAAAAACCAGCAGCAUACAGCAGAACAGCAAUCGGCACGACAUGUGCAUGAUUGCACAGGAAAAACUGCAUCCCGUGUGUGCACAGCGGCCGCCCGAUAACAGUAAUCCGGCCAGCUCCAAUGGCAUUUACUACCAUCCACCGCCCGCCUGUCAUGUGGUGGCCGAAAGCUGCAAGGAGGACCGCGAGUGCAGGCUCAAGCUGGAGUACUACGAACAGGCCUGCGCCGUGGACAGCGUCACUAAGAAGUGUGCCGGCAGACCCAGCGGCUGUCGAACGGCAAUGAUUGGCAUCUUGGGCACCAUGCUACGCACCACCUGUGCCUGCCAGGGCACAGAUCCCCAGCAUCUGUACCAGUGCGUGGGCUGGCGGCGUCUAUUGUGGAUGAAUCCCUGUGUGGUUGAGGCUCAAAAGGAUUUCCAUAUGAAGCGAUUGGCUGAGCUGGGUUUCCUUACCACCACCACAACAACGACGACGACCACGACAACAACAACAACGACAACAACCCGGCCUCCGCCACCCCCACCGCCACCACCGACCAGCACAACAACCACAACGACGACGACGAGCCUGCAACCGAAGCAAACGGCCCGAAAGCCGGCCACGCACAUCUUCAAGGACUUCAAUGCGCCAAAAGAGAAAUCAGAGCCAGCAUCGGUGGAACACAAUUAUCUCGAUCCGCCCGAUUCGAUACCGUUGCCCAGCGUAAACGUCGAGAGCGGCGGAAAUGGCGGAAAUGACGAUUAUCACAGCGGCAAUGCAAAUGGACACGGAAAUGGCAAUGGCAAUGGCCACGGCAUCGGCAACGGCAACGGUAGCAAUGGCAAUGGCAAUGGAAGUCGACGUAAAAAUGGCGGAAAGGGACGUGGCAGUGUAGAUUUCGAUGAUCCAGUAAUUUUCGUUGACCCAAGGGAAACAACAGAGUUUGUGGGCAUCAGCAUCACAGAGCCGGUGACCACAACCACAACAAUGGCCACCACAACAACAACGCAGCCGCCAAGAAACUGCGUGGUUCAGCGUCCCUACCAGUCGGAUCAGCUUAUUCGAGAAGGCAGCAGCAAGCGGAUCUACUCUUUGGAUGAUGCCGAGUGCAGCGAACUGUGCAGCUGCGGGGAGUCCCUCACUCUGACCUGCCACGCCCUCUGCGUGCCAUUCGCACCCUGCCGCACCGCCCUGGCGUUCUACAGCCACGCCUCGCCCGCCUACCAAGCGUUCCGCGGUCGCUGCCUCUGCUACUCGGGUCGCUUCAUCUGCAUGAAGCCGCCACUCGGGGAGUACAUCCUGCCAGGUGGCGUCUUUCUGCUGCUGGGCUACAGUGCCGCAGAUGAGGCACUGCUCCGGCCACACACCAAUCUGGGGGUGCAGGAUGCCGUGCGUGCCCUGCAGCAGUACGUAACUACAUACAUCGAUAAUCAGACCCAGUGCACGCUGACACUCUUCAAUAUGACGGAGGAGAACAUCAUCAUUGCUGCACGCCUGCCCCACGAUGGCAAACUCAAAGAUAUUGAGCUGCUGCGAAAAGAGAAGGACGAGUGCACCGCGAUUCUGAAGACCAUCAGUCAUCAAAUCAAUACCGAGCACAAUGAGCUGCAAUCCCACCGACUGCUGAGCAUUUUCAAAAUGUCCGAAGUCGAGGUCAUUUGGCCGGAGAGCACGAGUGCUGCCCAGAGUGGGCAUGGGCAGGCGACUGGCUGCCACCGGCUGCUCCACCUGGCCCUGCUCUCGCUGGCCUAUCUCUCCACCACCACGCUGCGUAUGAGCGAUGCGAGCAGACAGGGCCGCGUAGCGACAUGACAGCCGCACAGCUAAGGGCUCAGACAAUUGCCCGGCACAAUUGGAUAACUGUACGUAGUAGAUAUCUGUAAGGGCGGACGGUGUUAAAGUGGUACUAUAGGAGCGAUAUGCGGAUCGUGUUAAUGUUAGCUAUAACUAAAUGAUAUUGCGUGUGAUGGUGUAGGAAUCGAAUCGAAUCGCAUAUAGCAUAUGGCAUAUGGCAUAUGGCAUAUGGCGUAGCAUACGAUAUGAAUAUGAAUAUAUGGUGUAUACAUUUUAGGGGCUAGUUCUGUGUUUAGCUGCGAUUUUUGUAAAGCUUUGUUGUUGAACCCUGACGCUGUUGCUGUCUGUUUUGAUACGUACAUAUGUGAAGCAUUACGAUAAAGUAUAGUACAUAAAUAUAUAUGCGUAUACAACAUACAACUCAAUUAGAUUUAUCUGUACUUUAAAGUGAAAAGUAAAACUGCUGUCUACAUAAUAAUAUUCUUAGCAACUAACAACACAGACACUCGAUAGUUGGAUUUGCUGUGGCCUGUACAUAGGAAUGGGUUUAAAUAUAUGGUACUACCCGUUAGCUAGUGUUUUAUACGGAGAAACAAUACCCAAUCAUACAUACACUCUGUCAGUCAUUCAUCAUUAUUAUACCUGCUGCAGGCAAUUUGCUUGGGUUGUUGCUGUUUAAGCUCUAUAAAGUUCUUGGCUGCCUCCAUUAAAAAGAAUUAUUAACCGCCUUAACAUUGUUUAUUUCUGAUGCAUAUUCCUUCACUCUUUUGAUUUUUAAUUACAUUUUAAUGUGUUUGCGAGCGGUCCAGCGCCGGUCCACAUGGCAUGUCCUGUCACGGCCUCUGCUCUGUAGGCCUCAGCCACAGACAACAGACAGCAGAAACGGCCAAACGAAUGAACUCAUUUAACACUCUCAAGCGAAAUAUUAUUGUUAAUUUAUUUCACAGUUUACCGUUCCGUUUGGAGGCGCGAAAACAAUUACGGUUUCAUUAUCCAUUAUGCGUUCUGCAUUUCAAUUGUUGCCCCACACACUUCUCACAGAGCCGUAGGGGAGAUCUCCGGCCAGCAGCCAUAUUCUCGCCUCGCUUCAACAGGUUUCAUUGCUAUCCCAGUCUCCCGAUUAGCAUUUCCGUUUGCUGUAUAUACAACCGACAAUUUAAAACUCAAUUAACGUAAUUAAAUACUAACAGUACAUAUCAAUAUGAACACCUAAACAAAGUUUACACACAAACCAAGUACUUACAAAUGCCCCUGCUCGAGUCUUUUGUACAUAGUUCUUUAUAACAAUAUACAACGAUAUAUGAAUACAUAUGAAUACGUAUACAACAAUUAUGGUAUGAAAGCAGCAGCUAAAUUGAACUGUAUAUUGAUUGAAACUUCAGUUGAGCCUUAUAUAAAAUAUGUAAAGAAUAAAACUAUUGUAAAUAGUGUGGGGGGAAAGGGUAGUAUCAGGAGAAAACCAACAUAUGGGUGAAUGAAAAUUCUAUGAAUAUUAAUUGAGUGUUUGACACACAGAAACACACUCACACUCACACUCACACUCACACUAUCACAAACACAACCAACACUCUAAGCCUAGGCUUGACCAUUUGACAAAAGAGAAGAGCAGUAACUUUUUGUCACACACUUUGUGGCGGAAAAGUGUGAAAAAUGUGCGCAUAACGAAAAUGGUCACAAUCAUGAAAAAAUGUCUUCCUUAAUGCAUAUACACGGCGAUAUGUAUUAUGUUUAUAUACAUAAAUGAAUAUAUACCUAUAAAAUAUACAAUAUCUGGCAAUACCCUAGCCUACGCUUCAGUUAGACAAUUGAUAAUGUAAUAUAUAGAACAGAACAGAACAGAACAAAACAAAACAUAUGUGUAUGUACCAAGGGGCUAAACCAUAUCAUUAUCGAAUAUCCUUGCAAAUUAUACCACUGUUGACACAAACUAUAAACUAAUCCCAGCAUAUCUAAGCAAAACUAUACCCUUAACUAAAUAUACAUAUUAAUAAUAAUAAAACAAAACAAAAUAUACACACACAGUACGAGUAAAGUUAUAAACGUUAGAGAGCAUUGGCAACUACUUUAAUAGUCUCUAGAGAAAGCAACGCUUUAACCUUAAAAUAGAGAAAUACAAAAUAAAACUAGCAAACAAGUGUGUGUGUAAAGUCUAUUGAGAACCUGCUUAAGAUAUAUGAUAGCUAAAUAUUAGACGAAUUUAAAUCUAUUCAAUCCCAUAAACAGCCGCUGUCAAAGGCGUGACAAGGAAAGAGGGGAAACUGUAUCUUUAUGGAAACUAUGGGAAUGAGUGGAGUUGUUCAUUUGCUGUGCAAUUGCAUAUCGUUUUAAUGGCUACUACGAGAUUAUCGUUAUCAGUUGGGGGGGGUAGGUAUAUCGAAGUCCACUCGAGUGUUUUGUUUCAACCCCUCACUCGGAGUGCGGCACAAGACAAAGCGUAGCUACAAUGUAAAGUACCGUUGAAGAAAAUAAAUAACAAUAGAAGUGAAGAAAACGAAAGCGAAAACGAAAGAAAAUUACAAAAUAAACGCAUUAAUGUAAAAAGCAAAAGAAUAAAACAUAAACUAGCACUCAAAUACGAAUCCAUAGCAUGGAUGCAUAAAAAGUAGCAUAAACUUAAAGCGGAGCAGAGAACAGAACUCUGUUUCCAUUAUGCAUGAGGAAUACGAUGAACAGAAACUUGAGUUGAAACCUAAACAACAGUAAAUAGGAUCUACAUAUACGAUAUGUAAGGAAUACAUUUGUGGGCUAUGUAUAUGUAUACAACCAACUGAAGUACAUGGAUAAAGUUAAUUGAUACAUAUAAAUUAUAAACUAUGAAUUAAAGCUAAACCGAAAUGAGAAACCAAGCGAUAUUUGUAAUAAAACAUUGUAAGUGACAACGGCAAGAACAACAAAAUAUAGAAAGUAAAAUUAAA